GGUCCCCCCGCGGCGGCCGCGGCCGCCAUGGCCGCCGUGUGGCAGCAGGUGCUCGCCGUGGACGCCAGGUACGCGGCGUACCGCACGCCGCAGCUGCCGCAGUUCCGCACGCAGUACGUGCGGCGGCGCUCGCAGCUGCUGCGGGAGCGGGCGCAGGGCGGGGCGCUGGCAGGUGAGGCGCGGCGCUGGUACCUGCGGCUGCGGGCGCGGCUCCUGGCCCAGCGCUACGGGGCCCUGUCCGAGCCCGGCAGCUGCCGCAGCGGCCUCAGGGCCAGCAGGACCACGCUGGACCGCAUGGAGGAUUUUGAGGAGGACCCGCGGGGGUCUCGGGGGCACCGGCGCUCCCUGAGCCGCAGCUCCGGCCCGGGGGGGCUGCGGGGGGGCCCUGACGAGCGCCCCCCCGGAGUGGUGCCCACCCCCCUGGCCGAGGCCAGCAGGGCCAUGGCCGGGGACACCACCCUGAGCGAGAACUACGCCUUCGCUGGGGUGUUCCACGUGUUCGACCAACACCUGGACAGCGCAGUCCGCAAGGUGCAGUUUGCCCACGACGAGCGGCACCUCCUGGCCUGCUGCUCCAUGGACGGGACUCUCUCCGUUUGCCGCCUGGCUCCGGGGCCGCCGGCCGUGCUGCGGCUGCUGCGGGGUCACGGCGCCGGCGUCUCCGACUUCGCCUGGUCCCUGUCCAACGACGUCCUGGUGUCAGCGUCGCUGGACGCCACCCUGCGCCUCUGGGACCCCGGGGAUGGGCGCUGCAUCCGCCGCGUGCCCGACCCCGACGGGGCUGCGCUGCUGUGCUGUGCGUUCCAGCCGCUCAAUAACAACCUGACUGUGGUGGGCAGUGCCCGGCACAUGGUGCGAGUGGUGAACAUCUCCACGGGGAAGGCGGCUCGUGGCGGCGCCGGUCGCUUGCCCGGCCGCGUCCUCUCGCUCUGCUUCGACGCCCCCGGGCGCGUCCUCUGGGCCGGCGACGAUCGCGGCUCCGUGUCAUCGUUCCUGUGCGACCCCGCCACCGGCCGGCUGACCAAGGCCUCGCGGUUGCUGGUCCAGGCCGGUGGUUCCAUCACGUCGCUGUCGGCGCGAGCCUGGGCGAGCCGUGAGGCUCCGGAUCCUUCCCUGCUGCUCAACGCCUGCCCCGACCGCCUGCUGCUCUUCAGGGUGGUGGAGGACGAGGGGGGCUCGGGGGCCCCGGGGCUGAGGCUCCGGCGCAGUUUCCCCACCCGGCACCGGGAGCAGCCCCUGAGGAGCUGCUUCUGUCCCCUGAUGUCCUUCAGACAGGGAGCCUGCGUGGUGACAGGCAGCGAGGACGCCUCUGUGCAUUUUUUCGACGUGGGCCGCGCCGCUCGCGCCACCGUGAACACCCUGCAGGGCCACGGGGCCGCCGUGCUCGCCGUGGCCUUCAACUGCGACGAGUCCCUGCUGGCCUCGGGCGACGCCGCCGGCACCGUCAUCGUGUGGCGCCGCCAGCACGCGUGAACCCCGAAAAGCACCCCAAAAACCACCCCAAAAACCACCCUGGACCCAAAAAAACACCCCAAAAACCACCCCAAAAACCACCCUGGACCCAAAAAAACACCCCAAAAACCACCCCAAAAACCACCCUGGACCCCGAAAUAACCAUGGGGAACCCCCAAAAUCUAUGUGGGGAACCCCAAAAACCACCCUGAACCCCCAAAAUAACCACGGGGAACCCCAAAAUCCAUGUGGAGAACCCCAAAAACCACCCCAAAAUCCUUGUGAGAAACCUCAAAAACUGCCCCAAAAUCCUCAUUAAAAACCCCCAAAACUGCCCCAAAAUCCUCAUUAAAAACCCCCAAAACUGCCCCAAAAUCCCCAUGAGAAACCUCAAAAACCACCCUGAAAUCUGCUCCAAAAUCCCCAUAAAAAAACCCAAAAACUGCCCCAAAAUCCCCAACCCCAAAAUCCCCAUGAGAAACCUCAAAAACUGCCCUGAAAUCCCUGUAAGAAACCUCAAAAACCACCCCAAAAUUUGCCCCAAAAUCGCCGUGAGGAAGUGCAAAAACUGCUCUGAGAUCCCCGUGAGAAACCCCAAAAUCCCUGUGGGAAACCCCAAAAACUGCCCCAAAAUGUGCCCCAAAAUCCCUGUGAAAAGCCCCAAAUCUGCCCCAAAAUCCACCUUGGAAUCCACCCCAAAACCUCCCUGAAAAACCCCAAAAUUCCCCUGAAAAACCCCAAAUUCCCCCCAAAAUCCCCCCCAAACCCAGCCCAGAACGCGGUGAGGUUUUUGGGCGGCGCGUGGCUCCGAAAUCUCCCCAAAAUCUUCCCCAAAAUCCACCCCAAAACUCCCCUGUGUGGCUCUUGAGUUUGGUGUGACCCCAAAAUAUCCCAAAUGUCCCCAGACCCCUCCUCAACACCCCAAAAACACCCCAAAAAUACCCCAAAAACAGCUCAACACCCCAAAAUCUCCCUGGACCCCUCCCCAAAAUCCCCUCCGGGUGAUUUUACAGGUGCUGUGAUCAGGUGGCACCUGGAGACCCCUCAAAAUCACCUGGAGCCCCAAAAUCUCUCCUCAAAAUCCUCCAGACCCCUCCCAAAAUCACCUGGACCCC